AUGUCUAUAUCCACGCCGAAGGAGAUGGCUCGCACGGCAUCUACACCGGAGGUGGCACCAUCUACGGGGAGGACUUGGAAAUUUACACCUACGGCGGCCACGGAAGUGCCAUUGCCACCGAUUCAGGCGGUGGUCUCAUCGUCGUCGAAGAUUCCUCUGUAUACACCCAUUACAUCUGGUACACAGAACAACGGCGUUUUCCAAAUUGUCAGUACCUCAUCUUCUAGUAAUACCGACGACACCGCCUACGCCUAUGUUACUGGCGGAUCUGUCGCGGAGACUUAUGGCACGUACGGCUUGAUCUUCGUGGCAAAUAUCCAAGCCUAUGUGUAUCUCACUGAUGUCGAUGUGAACAUCACCGCUAGCAGUGACUGGGGUACUAGUGGCAGCAAUGGUGGCAUUGCUUACAUCUACUUGGAGGAUCUCACUGUGGAAGGUGACAUUUAUGUCGACGACUAUAGCGAGGUGUAUGUUUAUUUGGUUGGAUCGACUUGGACGGGAGCUAUCAACCCAUUGGAUUCUUCGGGGACAUACUCUGUUUCUCUGGACUCCAGCAGUACCUGGACUGAGACCAAUGUGUCUUAA